UGUGAUUAGCUCAAUAGUUUAACUUAAAAAUACAGAAAGAUAAUCACCCUUUUAAUUCUGCAAUAAACUAAAUCAGAAGUCGAAGGUCGCCCACUUCUAUAUAUCCCCUUACACACGUAGAAAGAGAAACAAACACCAAACCAUCACAUAAAACAAAACAGAGCACAUAACCCAUUUUGUGUUUUCUUCUGCCUUCUGUCUCCGCCAUGGAAGCUAAGAAGUCCAACAAGAUCAGAGAGAUCGUUAAGCUUCAACAGAUCCUCAAGAAAUGGCGGAAACAAGCACAUGCAUCAAAAACAGCCGACAGCAAGGAAGACAACAAUAGCAAUGGCGGAGGGAGCAAGGGCAUCAAGUUUCUGAAGAGGACACUAUCAUUUACAGAUGCAACAGCUGUGCCUAAAGGGUAUCUAGCUGUCUCGGUCGGCUUAGAGAAGAAGAGGUACACAAUACCAACCGAAUACCUUAGCCACCAAGCUUUCCAUAUUCUUCUGCACGAAGCAGAAGAAGAGUUUGGGUUCCAACAAGCCGGUGUCUUGAGGAUUCCUUGUGAAGUUGCUGUUUUCGAGAGCUUGUUGAAGAUAAUGGAGGACAAGAACGAAGGGUACCUGGUGACAACAACAGCUAAACAGGAUUGUAAAUUCAAUAAAGCAGCAGAUGACAAGACGAGAUAUGGGCAUCCAUCUGGUUGCCCUCCGACUCCUUCACACCAACCUCACAGCCCAAUGUGCAGAUAGUUUCCUUCAUUAAUGCUUUGCUUCUGUCCUCUCUUGUUGACUUUGAGCCAUUCUGCUUAUUUCCAUCUUCCCACAUUUUCUCUAGGGAUUUGGAUUUGUGUGCUUAUAACUUCUGAGAGGUUUUCCAAUUCUGCUUAUUUCCAUGUACAAACGGAUCAUUGUAACUGAAAUGAGAACCUCUUUUCCUGGUUUCUCUACUCUGUUUUCAAUUUUUGGUGUACUUUCUCAGAAGUACCCACCAGGCCAUUGAUAUAACCAUCUAUUCCUUGAUGAAAUAGCAGUAAUCUCGUGCACAAGACUAAUCAAAUACUGUAUAACGUGAAUCAAGCAAAAACAACAUCUGUGCUUUUUAUACGUAAUCUAGUCGACUGCAUUUGCAACGUAAAUCAGUAGAAACAUGUCAUGCAAGCAAGUCCAUGGCACAACCUUCAUGAUCUUACCAAAGAAUUUGAAUGUCUAUUAGUUUGUAGUAUCAUACAAGUUCAUAUAUGAUCUCAGCAGAUAGAACCUAAUGAAUCUGGAGGAUAUCAAACAUCGGCAUUUUCCUUUUUAACUCUAAGCAGAAACGAAUCCAAAAUGCUAUCUUGAUUAAGAAACAAGAAGAGAAAAAAGGGAAUGGUUCAUGUUUCUGCAGUUUGCGUUCUUUCCGGAACAACCUUGUGAAUAGAAGUGCAAUUAUGUCAUAAGUAAUCAUUGAUUAAAAGCAAUAGACUAAUCCAUAUUAAUAAUCAAUAGUGUAAUCAUACUAAAAAUCAAUAAAAAUAAUUAUUACGGAACUGUACUGUUAAUCACCAACUGGAAUGCGGUUGUUAAACUAUAUAAAUGAACAAGGUACGGUAUCCUAAGCUAGUCUUACGAAGGAUACUUAGUAAUAUAAUAAGGUAAUAACAGAAUCACAUGAACAUUCUUAAGUAGCUCCAUUAUUGUGGUCACAUGCAUAUAUACUUUCCAUCUCGAAAAGAGUACGGCAAAUCAAAAGGACUGAUCCCAUUAACCAAUCAGGUAUUCAAGUAACGUUUCAUGGAAUCAUAUGUAGAUUAAUGAUUGUCAAAGUCAAAAACAUAAACAUGGAGAUUUCGAGAUCCGAUAAUUCAGAAAAGGCCACAUGACAUAUGUACCAGAGAUGAAAUACCAUCAAAACUCUAAACUAUAUUAGCGUAAUACAUGUGCGCUGAUCUCCUGAACAUGAUGGCAAAGAUAAUGAAAUAAGAUACUUGGAGAAAGAAUAGUUGCAGAUUCUAUAAACAAAAAAGACAGCAAGAUCAAGAAACAAAUUAACAAGAAUAAAUCAUAUGCCUUGGAAUCAUAAAAAACCGUUGAUAGUUUUCAAGCUAACCGACAAGGGAAUCCCGUUUUUUUUAAGGCAUUGUAACUACAGAGACACAUUGAAGACAAGAAAAAAUCAACAGGGAAAGGUUCAAAAAAUCAGCUUCACACAUGAACAUAAAGAUGAGUGAAGAAGGCAAAAUGCAGUCACUUAUUAUCAGAUUAAUGUUUAACAAUUACAAAUGUGCUUAUACAUAAGGCUAAAUUGGACAUUUGAGCUUGGCGAGUAAGAAUAAGAAGAAGAGUAAGUUAUAUAUAAACAACAGAUGGAAUAGUUGCAGAUUCUAUAUUUAAAAAAAAAAAAGCAAGAUCCAGCAGCAGAUUAACUUUAGCAAGAACAACCAUAUAUUAUGCCUUGGAAUCAUAAAAACCGUUGAUAGUUUUCAAGCU